AUGUCCGGUGAUCAAGAUCAUAAAAAAUCCCUUUUGGAUGCCAGCGGUGCUGAAACUAAUGAAGAUAAAACUGCCACUGCUAUCUUGAGAAGAAAGAAGAAGGAUAAUGCUUUAAUUGUUGAUGAUGCCACUAACGAUGAUAAUUCUGUUGUCACUAUGUCUACUAAUACCAUGGAAUUAUUACAAUUAUUCCGUGGUGAUACGGUUUUAGUCAAGGGUAAAAAAAGAAAGGAUACAGUUUUAAUUGUUCUUGCUGACGAUGAUUUAGAAGAUGGUGUUGCAAGAAUUAAUAGAUGUGUUCGUAAUAACUUAAGGGUUAGAUUAGGUGAUAUUAUCUCUAUUCAUCCUUGUCCUGACAUCAAAUAUGCUAAUAGAAUCAGUGUUUUACCAAUUGCUGAUACCGUUGAAGGUAUUACUGGUUCUCUUUUUGACGUUUAUUUAAAACCUUAUUUUGUUGAAGCCUAUAGACCAGUUAGAAAAGGUGAUCUUUUCACUGUUCGUGGUGGUAUGAGACAAGUUGAAUUCAAAGUUGUUGAAGUUGACCCAGAAGAAAUUGCAAUUGUGGCUCAAGAUACCAUUAUUCAUUGUGAAGGUGAACCAAUAAAUCGUGAAGAUGAAGAAAAUAACUUAAAUGAAGUUGGUUAUGAUGAUAUUGGUGGUUGUAAAAAACAAAUGGCUCAAAUUAGAGAAUUGGUUGAAUUACCUUUAAGACAUCCUCAAUUAUUUAAAGCUAUUGGUAUAAAACCUCCAAAAGGUAUUUUAAUGUACGGUCCUCCUGGUACUGGUAAAACUGUUAUGGCAAGAGCUGUUGCUAAUGAAACUGGUGCCUUUUUCUUUUUAAUUAAUGGUCCCGAAAUUAUGUCCAAAAUGGCUGGUGAAUCUGAAUCUAAUUUAAGAAAAGCUUUUGAAGAAGCUGAAAAAAAUUCUCCUUCCAUUAUUUUCAUUGAUGAAAUUGAUUCAAUAGCUCCAAAAAGAGAUAAAACUAAUGGUGAAGUUGAAAGAAGAGUUGUUUCUCAAUUAUUAACCUUGAUGGAUGGUAUGAAGGCAAGAUCAAAUAUCGUGGUUAUUGCUGCUACUAAUAGACCAAAUUCUAUUGAUCCUGCUUUAAGAAGAUUUGGUAGAUUUGAUAGAGAAGUUGAUAUCGGUGUUCCUGAUGCUGCUGGUCGUUUGGAAAUUUUAAGAAUUCAUAGUAAAAAUAUGAAAUUAGCUGAUGAUGUCGAUUUAGAAGCUAUUGCUUCUGAAACCCAUGGUUUCGUGGGUGCUGAUAUCGCUUCCUUAUGUUCUGAAGCUGCUAUGCAACAAAUUCGUGAAAAAAUGGAUCUUAUUGAUUUAGAAGAAGAAACUAUUGAUGCUGAAGUCUUAGAUUCCUUAGGUGUUACCAUGGAAAACUUCAGAUUCGCAUUAGGUAAUUCAAAUCCUUCUGCAUUACGUGAAACCGUUGUUGAAAAUGUUAAUAUUACUUGGGAUGAUAUUGGUGGUUUAGAUACCAUUAAGAAUGAAUUAAAAGAAACUGUCGAAUACCCAGUUUUACAUCCAGAUCAAUAUCAAAAAUUCGGUUUGGCUCCUUCAAAAGGUGUUUUAUUUUUUGGUCCUCCAGGUACUGGUAAAACUUUAUUGGCUAAAGCUGUUGCCACCGAAGUUUCCGCCAAUUUCAUUUCUGUUAAAGGUCCUGAAUUAUUAAGUAUGUGGUAUGGUGAAUCUGAAUCUAACAUCCGUGAUAUCUUUGAUAAAGCUAGAGCUGCAGCUCCAACUGUUGUCUUUUUAGAUGAAUUGGAUUCUAUCGCUAAAGCUAGAGGUGGUUCUCAAGGUGACGCUGGUGGUGCUUCUGACCGUGUUGUUAAUCAAUUGUUGACUGAAAUGGAUGGUAUGAAUGCUAAAAAGAAUGUCUUUGUUAUUGGUGCUACCAAUAGACCUGAUCAAAUCGAUCCAGCUUUAUUAAGACCUGGUAGAUUAGAUCAAUUGAUUUAUGUUCCAUUACCUGACGAAGUUGCAAGAUUAUCAAUCAUGGAAGCUCAAUUAAGAAAUACUCCUUUGGAACCAGGUUUAGAUUUGAAAGAAAUCGCAAGAAUUACCCAUGGUUUCUCUGGUGCCGAUUUGUCUUACAUUGUUCAAAGAUCAGCUAAAUUUGCCAUUAAAGAUUCUAUUGAAGCUCAUAUUAAAUUAGUUAAAGCUAAAGAAGCAUCCAAACCUAAGACUGAAGAAGGUGGCGACGUUGAUAUGGUUAAACAAGAAGAUGAUGAAGAAAUUGAAGAUCCCGUUCCUUUCAUCACUAGAGCUCAUUUCGAAGAAGCUAUGAAGACCGCUAAACGUUCUGUUUCUGAUGCCGAAUUACGUCGUUAUGAAGCUUAUGCUCAACAAUUACAAGCUUCUAGAGGUCAAUUCACUAACUUUAGAUUCUCUGAAAACGAAGGUGCUGCUGCCUCUUCUGCUCCUUCAGCUGAAAAUGCUGGUGGUAAUGGUGCAGCUUUUGGUAAUGACGAAGAGGAUGAUUUAUAUAGUUAA